AUGGGUAUCGAUAUCGAGAACAAGGCCGCCUCCGGCGUUCCUUACUUCACGCCGGCUCAAGAGCCUCCGGCCGGAACCCCGCUCAAGGCCGAGUCGGCGCCAACUCUCUUCAAGCCCCUCCGCACUCGUGGUGUUGAGCUCCAGAACCGCUUUGUUGUUUCUCCUAUGUGUACAUACUCUGCCAAAGAUGGUCACUUGACAGAUUUCCAUCUUGUUCACCUCGGCCAGUUUGCCCUUCAGGGUGCUGGUCUUGUCUUUGUUGAGGCGACGGCCGUCGAGCCCCGUGGCCGUAUCAGUCCAGAGGACUCCGGGCUCUGGGAGGACAGCCAGAUUGUGCCUCUGAAGCGCAUCACGGAUUUCAUUCAUAGCCAAAACACCAAAGCUGCCAUACAGCUUGCACAUGCUGGCAGAAAAGCGAGCACAGUUGCGCCUUGGAUUGGUGGUUCCGUUAACAAGGCACUCGCCACUAAGGAAGUCGGAGGCUGGCCUGAUGAUAUUGUUGCGCCCAGUGCCAUCCCUUUUGCUGACGACUUUGGAACACCACAUGAGUUGACCACUGAAGAGAUCAAGAGCCUUGUGCAGAAAUGGCAGGAUUCUGCCGUACGAGCUGUGAAGGCUGGAUUCGAUGUGAUAGAGAUCCAUGCUGCUCAUGGCUACCUUCUGCACCAGUUCCUUUCACCUCUCAGCAAUAAACGAAUAGACCAAUAUGGAGGCAGUUUCGAGAACCGCACUCGCCUUCUUUUUGAAAUCACUGAAGCCAUUCGUGCUGUUGUUCCCAAUGAGUUACCUAUCUGGGUACGAGUCUCUGCUACUGAAUGGAUGGAGUGGAACAACGAGCCUUCCUGGGACCUCGAAAGCAGUAUUCGUCUCGCCAAGCAACUCCCCGCAGCAGGAGUUGACGUUCUCGACAUCAGCAGCGGUGGUAACCUGAAGGCACAGAAGAUCACGAUUCAUCAGACUGUUCAGACUGACUUGGCAGGCAAAAUCCGCGAGGCUGUGCGUGAGGAUGGCCAGGAGCUUCGGAUUGCAACAGUGGGAUACAUCACGGAUGGCAAUUUUGCUCGGUCCCUUGUGCAGGAGAAUGAAGAUCCCAAGGCUGAUAUUGUGCUUGCCGCGAGACAGUUCCUCAGGGAGCCAGACUUUGUACUCAGCGCGGCAUACCAGCUGGACGUUGAUGUGAAGUGGCCCAUUCAGUAUCAUCGAGCACCACCAAAGCUCCGAACACCCCAUAACAAAUGA